AAGCCGUGCCUAAGAAGCUCCCGAACAACUCGGCGUUCAAUCUCAACACAUACCACCUCUUGAAGCUCCGACCUGCGCGUCCUCAUCUGGUAACGCCAUGAAGUUUCCCGUGAUCCCCGACUCAACAUGACCGACAGCUUGCCGCAACCCGGCAACAAUGAAGCGACACACGAUGCGACGGCGGAUCCCAAGCCAGGCAGUGACCCGGCAUCCGGUCACGGUAACGGCGCGCAAGACACAAAUCUGCCGGAUCGUGUUCACCCAUCUCCGGACGACGGCGCACCGGACAAAGCUGAUGUGUCGGAGCACUCGGUAGACCAUUCCGGCAGCGAGGAAGAUGAUGCUGGCGACAAUGAGAGUGAAGACGGGGCGGAAGAAGAAGAUGAAGACGACGAGGAGGAGGAGCCAAAGCUCAAGUAUGCACGGCUCACCCAGCAUCUCGGUCCUGUCUAUCGGAAUGGUGACGCGACGAGCUCUUUUUUCGUGGCUGGGGACAAGAUGAUCAUCGGCACGCACAAUGGCAAUAUUCACGUCGUUCAGCUUCCGGCCUUCCAGUCACUGCGCAACUAUCACGCCCAUUCAGCUUCCGUCACCUCCGUUUCAAUAUCUCCAUUUCCGCCUCCCCUUCCUGCUACCAAGCCCGAGGCAGCUGCAAAGUCAGCUUCCGGCAGCCCCUUUCGACCAGCCACAGCGACUGCAGAGGGCCAUGCUCCCCCGGCCGCUGGCCCGAGAAGGCCACGAGAUCAGCAUGCGGUGCCCAACACCCCAUCAAACAAUAUCUACAUUGCAACGUCUUCGUUGGAUGGGAACAUCUGCGUACAGUCCCUGGUCGAUGUCAAGGAUGUGCAGCUGCGAAACUUUGCCCGCCCAGUGCAAGCUGUCGCUCUCUCACCCGAGUACAAGAACGACAGGAUGUACUUGUCGGGAGGACUUUCGGGGCAGCUCAUCCUGACUGUUGGCGCGCCAACGGGCCGGAGCACGGCCAUGACAACCGGUGCAACUGCCCAGGCUGCAGGCUGGCUCGGAGGCAUGGUCGGCGCCAGCACCGGCAAAGACACGGUCCUGCACUCGGGCGAAGGCACUAUCAAUACCAUCAAGUGGUCUCUGUCGGGAAGAUACGUUGUCUGGCUGAACGAGCACGGCAUUAAGAUUAUGCGAACCAAGCUGCACCUUGACAGUGCCGACGCCGACGAUGCUUGGAAGCGCAUCGGCCAUAUCGACAGGCCCCAGACGGACGAGUGGGACACCAUGGCCAGCGUGUGGAAAGGGCGGGCCGAGUGGAUUGACGAGCAGUCAGUUGAGCCCGACGACAGCGGCGCCGAACACGCAGGGUUGGUGCUCUCGCCUGCAGCGGAGAGUUUGAAGCAACAGCAGCUUAAAAAUACCAAAAAGAUCGAACGAUUACUCGUGGGCUGGGGAGGCACUAUCUGGAUCAUCCACGUCCAUCCCGGCGGCAUCGAAGGGGGGAAAACCGGGGUUGAAAGGUCCGCUGGGCGGGCCGAGAUUGUAAAGAUACUUCGCGUGGAUUGCAUCAUUUCUGGCAUUUCGUUAUAUACCCAGAACUUAUUACUGGUUCUUGCUUACUGCUUACCCGAGGACGAGGAGGGGGAUCAAGGCAACCACCCCCCGAAAGCCCAUGGACGCACCCUAUCGACAGAUUCUACUGAGAGUAGGCCUUCCGGGGGUAUUCGGCGCAAGCAGAACAGCUCGCCUCCCGAGUUGCGGCUCAUUGAUCUUACAUCGCAGGCUGAGAUCGACAAGGAUAGUCUCACUGUAAGCCGAUUUGAGAGGCUAUCUUCCAACGACUAUCACCUCGGGGUCCUGCCCGCCCGCAACAUGGCUGCUGCUACAGCAUCCCGGGGUGCUCUAGGAGCCUUGGCUGAACUCGGUACCGAUAUGCUGAAUGCCGCCCUCAAUCCCAAAUCUCUAUUGUUUAGCUCUGCGGCAAGCGUCAAGAGCAAGGACAGUGACGGCGCUUCCGGAUCCAAGGUACCUGCUAUGGCAGGCGGGCCCCGUUCCGGGCGCAACCCUGUACACCCAAAUUUGGUCAAACCUGGGAUCAAGAUCUUCAUCCAUAGCCCGUAUGACUGUAUCCUUGCGACAAAGAGGGACUUGGGUGAUCAUUUGACAUGGCUCCUCGAACGCCGGCAGUACCAGCAAUCCUGGGAGUUGGUCGACCAACAUCCAGAGAUCAUGUCAGCAACCUCCGACGUCGUUCCCCCGUCGCCGCAGCACACGCAGAGUACAGAUGACUUUUACGAUGAAACCGCAUCGGUAGUCGACGGCAUACGAACCCUUUACUCUUCUGCCGAAAAGGAAAAGAGACGGAUUGGGGAGCUGUGGAUCCAAGACCUCAUCGAGUCUGGUGACUGGGCGCGCGCGGGACAGGUGUGUGGCAAGGUUCUAGGAACGCCCGACAGAUGGGAGAAGUGGGUGUGGACGUUCGCCGGCGCGAGCAAAUUCGAUGAAAUUGUGAAUUACAUACCAACGGAGCGUACGCGGCCGCCCAUGCCCGGCACUGUGUACGAGGUUGUGCUCGGGCACUACCUGCAGACUAACAAGCCACGGUUCCGAGAGCUGCUAGAACGAUGGUCCCCGGACCUCUUCGACGCGUCUGCAGUCACGACCGCUUUAGAAGACCAGCUAAAGUUCCGGGAUGUGCGGGAAGACAGUGUCGAGGAUGGCGAGGUUGGUCGAGACUGGCGGAUUGUCAUGGAGAGCUUGGCCAAGCUUCACGAGGCAAAUGGCAGGCAUCGCGAGGCACUUAGAUGCCACAUCAGACUGCAAGAUGCGGAUUCCGCAAUGCGGCUGAUCAAGGAGGGCCAUCUUGCUGAUGCAGUGGCCGAUGAUAUCCCUAGCUUUAUCGGCCUCCGUGUGUCUCAAGACCGCAUGGGCAAGAUGUCUCGAGCCGAGCUGGAGGAGGCUACAUCAGAGGCUAUUACGCUGCUGGUAGACGAGGCGCAACAUGGCCUGGUGAAGCCGGACGUGGUCAUAAUACAGCUACAGCAGAGAAAACUGGAACUCUACACAUUCUUUUAUUUGCGCGGGCUGUGGAGGGGCGAAGGCAUGCACGAACACUCUGGAGAGUCGCGCGCUCGGCUCGUAACGGACAGCCAAUCCCUCGUUGACCGGUUCGCCGACCUCGCCGUGCACCUCUUUGCCGUCCACGAUCGGCCCUUACUGAUGAGCUUUCUCAAGACCUCCACCGCUUACGCAUUUGAAAAAGCAGUUCAAGAAUGCGAAUCCCUGAAUUACAUACCCGAACUCGUCUACCUGUACUCCAAAACCGGGCAGACUAAACGCGCCCUGUCUCUGAUCAUCGACCAGCUCGGCGACGUCUCGCGCGCCAUAGCCUUCGCCAAGGAACAGGACGACCCGGACCUCUGGGAGGAUCUGCUCACCUACAGCAUGGACAAGCCCCGCUUCAUCCGGGCGCUGCUGGAGGAGGUGGGCACCGCCAUCAACCCCAUCACCCUCGUCCGGCGCAUCCCUGAGGGUCUUGAGAUUGAGGGCCUUCGGGAGGGCCUCAAACAUAUCAUGAAGGAGCACGAGAUUCAGCACAGCAUUAGUGAGGGUGUCGCGAGGGUCCUGAGGAGCGAGGUCGCUCAUGCGCAGUCCCUGCUUAGGGCGGGCCAGAGAAGGGGGGUCAAGUUUGAGAUUGUUGCUGCUGCUGCUGCUGAUGGUGGCGCUGCUGCCGGUGCACCGGAGGCCGGGCAUGUGGUUGAAGGUGGUAAGGCUCCAUUAGCGGUGGAUAAUACCAUAACGAACAGGGAAAAGGGGCGGGGAGGUGGUGUCGGGGGUGGUGGCGAUGUUAAUGGGGAUGUUGUUCAGGGCUCAGACGGGAAAAGGGGCUGGACGCCUGGGCAUUGUGCGCUGUGCUACGAGCCGUUUGGCGAGUGGGAGGUGCAAACGCUCGUCGGCUUUGCGUGUGGCCAUGUGUUCCACCUGACUCACCUGCUGGAGAAGCUCCACCCGGGAGAGGAGGUGGAUGAGGUUCUGCUGAAUGGCAUUGUUGCUGAGCAGAGGCUGACGGCGUCGCAUCUUAUUGGGGCUAAGGUUACGCAUGCUAGGUUGCUGAAGAAUCGGAUUGCUGGCGGGUGUCCGGUGUGUGUGCAUACUCACAGGGAGGAUGCCAGGUAGGGUACCAAAGGCAUGGGCGGUAUGGGAUGUAUAUAUACAGGGGCUUGGCACGGGGGUUCUGUUUAUACCAGCAUGUUUAUCCCCCUCUUUCUGUUCUCUCGCCAUGUCAGGGCGGGCGGUGUGAGACAUGUCGGAAGGCUCACCAUCCACUUCCUGUCCAUGACACGUCAACAUCAAUCUUGCUCGUCCUGGCGACGUCCCUCAGCUGUCGAAUAUCCUCACACCGCCCCCAAGUUCAGGCUAGGGCGUGUGGCUCAGUUGGUAGAGCGUUCGCUUAGCAUACUCCGUGUAUGCGAAAGGUCCUGGGUUCGAUUCCCAGCUCGUCCAAUA